AUGGCGCACGUGCUGCGCCGAAGCACCUACCGGCCGCUGACCGUCUGCAUAGAGCAACACCACCUACCGCUGCCGCGCCGCAGGGCCUUCUCGGCUGUCCACCGGGACGGGGAGCGGCGGCGCGCGCCCAGCCUGCGCCUCGCCAACGGCCGGCCCAGCGCCGCGCCAGUGGGCAGCGCGCAGUCGGAGGAGGAGCUCAAGGAUGACUCCAUCAAGAUCAGCAUCGAGAACACCAACACGUGCACCGACUCGCUGGUGACGGCCAUCGACGACGAGACGCUGCUCAUCGCCGACUUCCUGUCCAGCUCGCUGUCCAACAUGAACAAGGACCCGGCGGCGAACGCCGGCCCGGGCGCCGCCGCGGGCAAGGUGCACUUCGGGGGCGCCGGCGACGACGUCAGCCUCUACGGGACGCCCAAGGAGGAGCCCGGCCCCAACCCGCUGGCCGCCAGCGAGAAGCAGAGCUUCCUCAAGAACCAGCUGCAGGCCAUCUUCCAGCCCACCGACAACAAGCUCGCCAUGAAGCUCUUCGGCAGCAAGAAGGCGCUCAUGAAGGAGCGCAUCCGCCAGAAAGCCGCCGGACACUGGGUCAUCCACCCCUGUUCCAGCUUCAGGUUAGUGCCACAGCUGUUUCCUUACUGUGCUACGUAUGUGUGCGCGUGUCCGCCGCCUCUGCCGUGA